UUCACCCUAAUUUCUCUCUCGCUCUUCCUCUUUCUCCGCCGUCCCUUUCUUCUCAGGCCGCCCUUUUUUCUCCGACCACAGUCUACUAUCCGGCCGAAUUCGCGAUUAAUAAUGUUUAAUCGAUUAUUAUCUCCGGCCGCCGUUUAUUUUCACGCGAAAUCUACCAUUUCAAUCAAAUCAAAACCUAGGGUUUGCUAUCAAAUUUCUUAGAACCCUAAAAUAUUAGCAGAAAUUGGAUCGAACUAAAUCGAAUUGAAUAAAUCCUAUGGAAGACGGCAGUCACAUCGAAUUGAAAACAACAAAAGAAGAUGAAGAAACCCCUAAUCAUCUCCGUGAUCGUUUUCGCCUUUCCACUAUCUCUAUUGCUCAAUCUGAAGGCUUUGAGGCUUGAAGAGUUUGGUGUAACUGGAUCAGAUGCUGAAAAUGUAUGUUAUCUACGUGACGUGGCCGAUUCAACUAGGCUUGUGAAUGUGAUGCAAACCCGUAUUGGUGGAAAUGCGAUGGUCAUUGGUGGUGGCUACAAAACUGUUUAUGCAAAAAAAGUUCAUCAAAUGUGUAUGUGUACCACCAAUACACUUUUAACUAAUACAUAGUUGGGUCCAUAAAGAGUUUAUCAUAACAGUUGCAUUACGAUUAUUAUCUACACAUAUGAUUAAUGCCAUUUGCAUUUAACAAAAUUAGGUAGUGACUUCUUUACUGUAUUUAAUUGUUCCUAGUUUACCAAGUGGCCUUUAGGUUGUGAACUUAAAUCUUUAUUAGUGGAUCGGUUUAUUGACUUUUUAUUAAUAAACAUGUUGCUAGUCUACUUGUUUAUUUAGGCUAAUAAUUAUGAGAAGAUCUUCUCGUACAUGAAGCCUAACAGCAUACUUGGACUUCCCCAUGGUUUUCUUCUUGGCCAUUUGCAAUCAAUUGGUCUUGAUUUCCCUAAGAAUGUCAGUGUCAUUGUUGUAUGUCCCAAAGGAAUGGGUCCAUCAGUUAGGAGGCUGUAUGUCCAAGGAAAGGAGAUCCAUGGAGCCGGUAUCAAUGCAAGUUUUGCUGUUCACCAGGAUGUUGAUGGUAGAGCCACCGAUGUUGCUCUUGGGUGGUCAGUUGCUCUUGGUUCACCAUUCACAUUUGCAACUACACUAGAGCAGGAGUACAAGAGUGAUAUAUUCGGGGAGAGAGAUAUUCUACUUGGUGUUGUGCAUUGUAUUGUGGAAUCAUUAUUUAGAAGGUACACUAAAAAUGGUAUGAACGAAGAUUCGGCUUACAAGAACACUGUCGAGUGCAUCACUGGAGUUAUAUCAAGAACAAUAUCAACCAAGGUUCGCACAAUCGCACCUAUCUUGGGAAAAAUUGAUCAGACAUGGAUGUGGAAAGUCGGUGAACGUGUUCGUGCUACUCGACCUGCUGGUGAUUUAGGGCCACUAUAUCCUUUCACUGUAGGUGUUUAUGUGGCAUUAAUGAUGGCCCAGAUUGAGGUACUGAGGAAGAAAGGUCAUUCUUUUUCUGAGAUCAUAAAUGAAAGUUUGAUCGAGUCUGUGGAUUCUUUGAACCCUUUCAUGCAUGCUCGAGGUGUUUCUUUUAUGGUGGAUAAGUGUUCGACGACUGCAAGGUUGGGAUCAAGAAAAUGGGCUCCGCGUUUUGACUACAUACUAACCCAACAGGCCAUGGUUGCUGUAGAUAAUGGCACCCCUAUCAACCAGGAAUUAGCAAAAAACUUCUUUGAAGAUCCGGUGCAUGAGCUUAUUAAAGUAUGCGCAGAGUUGACACCUACUGUUGAUAUCUCAGUGCCUGCAGACGCCGACUUUGUGAGACCUGAGCUGCGUCAAUCUAGCAAUUAGAAUAUGAUGAAUGAAUUAGAUUUCUGGGUUGAGGAAUGUAGUUUACAACCCAUUGUUAUGUUUUGUAUUCAUGUAGUUAUGCAAACGAUAAGUUGGUAUUUGGUUGGAUUUGGUAAUUUUUGAAUAUUUAAAGUUGUUUUAUAUGCCAAAAUGAAAGCGUUCUACAUUAUGCUUAAUAGUA